AUGAUGGACGAUUCUCAAGAAGAUCGCGAUUGCAACGAAGCCUUGGAUCAACUAGAAGAACAAGCUAACAAUGCUUUUCAAUUUGAGUUAGUACCGUACACGGAUAGACGGUGUACUAAAUUUGGUAUUCAUCGACGUACCUUCACCGCUCGAUUGCGACAACAUGGAGGUAAUCUUGCCCGACUCUUACCCAAUCAUGUCUUACCAGAAUUGAUUGAAAAUACCUUGGACAAGAAAAUUCAACAACAGAUUUUAAGUGAUCCAACUGCCAAUCAAGACGAUUGGAUCAUGAUUAACAUGUCUUCAAAUCGUUUACAGAGUGCGUAUCAAUCGCAUCGAGUGAGUAUUGCUGAUUGGAUUAACAAGGGAAUAGAGAGUAGAGCCAUGUUGGAAAAAAUGAGCCAAGUUCUCAACUCCAAUGAAACAUUUCAAAUGGAUGACACUUUUCACAUUGAAAUUACCCAUAUUCGUAAUCCUGGCACGGGCAGAGGUCGAAAUCAGAACAAACCUGGUCUUACCCCCGUGGAUCAAUUACUCAAAUGCAAAAAGAAUGUGAUUCGUAUCAACAAUUACGAUAAUCUCUGUUGCGCCAGGGCUAUCGUGACAGUCAAAGCCCAUCAAGAUUAUGGAUCGGCUCAUUGGAUUACUCGCAGUUGCAAACGUGGUUUUGCCUUGCAAGAACAAUAUGCUAGAGAACUUCAUAAUCAAGCGGGGGUUCCGCUGGGCGCCUGUGGGUUGGUUGAAAUUCAACUUUUUCAAAACAGUCUUGCAGAGUAUCAAUUGAUUGUCAUUGAUGCUGAACUGGGUUAUCAACUCAUUUUCAAAGGACCAUCUAAACCCAAAGAAAAACAAUUGGUACUCAUUAAACACAAGGAACAUUAUCAUGCUUGCACCUCCCUCACUGGUUUUUUUGGAACAUCCUAUUAUUGUACUGAAUGUGAAAGGUCAUUUGCAGUGGAUGACAGUCGACAUCAUCCAUGCAAAGGAAAACGAUGUUAUGCCUGUCAACAAACCAAUUGUACAGAAUUUCAAGAAAAGCAAGCCACAUUGUAUUGCACCGAUUGCUGUCGCUCCUUCUUUACUCAGCAAUGUUAUCAAAACCAUUUACAUUACACUCCUUCAGGUCGAAGAGCAAACGGCAACAGUGUGUGUGAAGUGCAAAAACGAUGCCCCGGUUGCAAUAAGGUGGAAAAUGGAAAACAACAGAUUCGUGAACAUCAAUGUGGUCAUGCCAAGUGCCCUUCAUGUAACAAAUAUGUGGAAACUGCUACUCACAAGUGCUACAUUCAACCCAUUGAGCCAGAGAGUAACGCGAGAAAACGCAAGAGGGACGAACGCGUUCCACCACCCUUAUUUGUUUAUUUUGACAUUGAAGCCAUGCAAGAUACUGGUAUUCAUGUCGCCAAUUUGGUAUGCGCAGAAACCAAUGAAGAUGAUGCCUCAUAUGUAUUCAGUGGAGCCAAUUGCAUUGAACAAUUUUUAGCAUGGUUACUAACGCUGACUCAAACGGAUGAUGCAGAAUAUCUACGUCAAGUCAUUACUGUUGCACACAAUUUUCAAGGCUAUGACAGUUAUUUUAUUUUGGAAGAACUUUACAAACAAUGCGUUUGUCCCAAGCAAGUUGUCAAUGGAGCCAAGAUAUUAAGUUUGACAUUGGAUCACAUUAAAUUCAUUGACAGUAUGGCUUUUUUACAAAUGCCCCUGGCAAGUUUCACCAAAGCAUUUGGUCUAAAGGAACUAAAAAAGGGAUUUUUCCCUCAUUUUUUCAAUCGAGCUGAAUUUCAAGACUAUGUGGGACCCAUGCCAGCCAAAGAUUAUUAUGAUCCCAACAGCAUGAAACCAGAAAGGAAACAAGAAUUUGACACUUGGUAUCAAUCGAAAUUGGAUGAACAAGCCACAUUUUAUCUCCAACAAGAACUGAUUGCUUAUUGUCAAUCCGACGUUCAAUUGCUUAAACAAGGGUGUAUGAAAUUUCAACAGGAAUUUCAAUCAUUGACCAAUUUUAACCCUAUGGAACAGUGCAUUACCAUUGCCUCAGCAUGCAACCGAUUUUUUCGCACCAAUUGUAUUCUACCGGGAACAUUGGCCUGUGAACCAGUAUUGGGAUGGGUUGGUUCAGCCAAACCGCAUUCCAUUGUUGCUCUAGAAUGGUUAAACUGGGUAGAACAUUCACAAGACAAACGUCUUCUUCAUGCGGGCAAUCAAGGGGAAUAUCAAGUUCAGAUAGGCAUGAACAAAACGUACGUGGAUGGUUAUGACCCCAACACGAACACAAUCUAUGAAUUUAACGGUUGUUUUUUUCAUGGUUGUCCCACUUGUUUUAACAAUCGAGAUCAAACGCAUGCCAAAUUGAAUAACAAGAGCAUGGCAGAAGUGUAUCAAUCAACCAUGCAACGAAUUGCUCACCUUCAGCAUUCGGGGUAUAAUGUCACUGUGAUGUGGGAAUGUGCAUGGAAACGAAUAAAAGAACAGGACUUGAACAUUCUACCCUUUUUGAAACAACUCAACCUCACCACUCGCCUUCGACCAAGAGAUGCCUUUUUUGGCGGUCGUACCAAUGCAGUUCAAUUGUAUUAUCAAGUGGAACCCAAUGAACAAAUCCGCUAUGUGGAUUACACAUCCCUGUAUCCCUUUGUCAACAAAAACUGUCAGUACCCAGUGGGACACCCUCUCAUCAUUAACAAUCCUUCAUUUUCCAUUGAGGAGUAUUUUGGAUUAGCCCUGUGCAAGAUACUACCACCGCGUGAACUGUACCAUCCGGUAUUACCCUAUCGAUGUAACGGAAAACUCAUGUUUCCAUUAUGUCGCACAUGCGCAGAAACCCAAGUCAAGUUCCCCUUGAAUGAACGUGAAUGUCAAUGUUGUCACAAUGAAGACGAACGCGCUCUUACCGGUACAUGGUGUACCCCUGAACUAUUGGAAGCUAAACGGCAAGGUUACACAAUUGUUCAAUUGUAUGAAAUAUGGCAUUUCCCCAAUAAGUCGACACUUCUGUUUAAACAAUAUGUGGACACGUUCCUCAAAUUGAAACAAGAAGCCAGUGGUUGGCCAGCGGACGUAGGAGACGAUCCUGAAAAACGUCAAGAGUACAUCAUGAAUUAUCUCCGACAUGAGAACAUUCAAUUAGAACCUGAAAAAAUUGAAAAAAAUCCAGGCAAACGUUCCACUGCCAAAAUGAUGUUGAACAGUUUUUGGGGGAAGUUUGGCCAACAACCCAACAAGGCUCAUGUCCAAGCAUUUACCAGUCCUUCGGAAUUUUACAAGUUACUUCAAAAUGAAGAACAACAAAUCCAUUCCAUCAGAAUUGUCAAUGAACACAUGAUUGAGGUUGUCCACGACUGCAUUGAAGACAGCAUUCCCACUCAAGUGAACAUUAACAUUUUCAUUGCCUGUUUUACAACAUGUUGGGCACGCCUUAAAUUGUAUGAAGCAUUGCAUCAUUUACAACAACAAGUCUUAUAUUUUGACACGGACUCCGUGAUUUACAAAUGGAAACCCAAUGCCCCAGAAUUACCAUUGGGGUCAUAUUUGGGACAAUUCACCAAUGAAUUGGACGAUCCCAAUGAUUACAUUACAGAAUUUGCAGCCGCUGGUCCCAAAAACUAUGGCUACAGAACCCUCAAAGGAAAAACAGAAUGCAAAGUACGUGGAUUCAGUUUGAACACCCGCGGGCAAGAACAAUUAAACUUUGACAUUUUAAAGAAGAAUAUUAUUGAUGAAGUGACUCUACCACAACCCGUUGCCAAUACCAUUCCAGUGUGGAACCCACAUAACAUUAAGAGAAAUCCCACCACCAAACAGUUGUCGACAGAAAGUCAAGUCAAACACUAUAAAUUGGUGUUUGAUAAACGAGUGAUAGACUCAUCAAAUUUUCAAUCCUAUCCUUAUGGUUACCAGGAUAGUAACAGUCCAGACACA